CGCUCCUCCGCGCGUCUCUCCGGUCUCUCCUCGCGUCCCCGUCGUGCGAGCGCGCCGUGCGUGCGCCCGCAGAGAUAUGCUCCCGUCGACCGCACGACGAUAAGAGAGAGAGAGAGGGAGAGAGAGAGAGAGAGAGAGAGAUUUUGGAUGGAUUUAGAGCGCAGUGAAAUAUGCCCAGGAGACGGAAUGGGGAGAUACCGCUUCCGGACGGUUGGGACGUCGCUCACGACUUCGACGGGAAGGUGUACUUCAUCGAUCACAACACCCGGAAGACUACAUGGAUCGAUCCUCGGGAUAGGUUUACUAAACCACAGACUUUCGCGGAUUGUAUCGGGAAUGAACUUCCCCUCGGCUGGGAGGAGGCCUACGACAAACACGUAGGCGCCUACUACAUCAAUCAUGUCAAUCAAACAACCCAACUGGAAGAUCCAAGGCAAGAAUGGCGAGCUAUUCAAGAAGCCAUGCUUCGCGACUACAUGCAGACUGCACAUGACGUACUCGAGGCGAAGAAGGAGAUCUAUGACGUAAAACAUCAAAGACUCUGCCUGGCUCAGGAUGAAUACAAUCACCUUAAUAAUGCCUUGACUACCCUUGGCGCAUCGCGUACAAGCUUGUGUUCCAGCUCGAGUUCCUUGAGUACCAAAUAUGACCCUGACCUGCUUAAAUCAGACGUGGCACUUGCAAGGAGUCGUGUUUCUCGACUAAAACGAGAACUCGAGCAAAUUCGAGCGGAGAUGAAUUGCACGCAGCGAGGAGUAGAUACUCUCGCCAGUGUGGAACAAAAAUUGAGCACCCACCAUGGUGGAUGCUACAAUAUCAUGGAAGCGCAAGCGAUUAUGACAGAACUUCGCAACAUCCAAAAGUCCUUAAGCUCAGGCGAGAAGGAGAAGGCUGAACUGAUGCAAUCAUUGGCACAAUUGAAGGAUGAACUGACUAGGUUGCAACUAUGCGAGGGCAGUCCGGAAGCUAGCACGCUGAGCUUACCGCAGGAAAAACUCAGCACAGCCUCCCAGACUGAUCUCUCGGGUGAGUUGGUACCGAUUGGUACUCGACUGGCCGAGAUGGCACGUAUGAGGUUGCAAUAUGAUGAGGCGAGAAAACAGAUUCAACAUAUACAGCAACAGUUGGCGGAUCUCGAAGAAAAAGUGACGCCGGGGCAAACUGAGAGCGAUAAGGAUAAGCUGUUACUGUUCCAAGAAAAGGAGCAGUUAUUGAGGGAAUUACGUAGCAUCACGCCACGUACGAGAACGCAACAGGACAUGAAGAAAAUCCAGUUGGAGAUUCGCAGACUUGAGCAAGACCUUAAUACUGCGUUCGAGCUUUCAAAUAAAACCAUCACCGAUCGCGUACGGCUCCACGAAGAGAAGCAACUGUUGCUGCAGCAACUUAGAAACGCUCUGCGCUCAAUGGCAAUGUUAGAGAGUCAGUUGAAAACUUUGAGCGCUAGCACGUUGUCGGUGAGCAGUAGUUCCAGUCUCGGUAGUCUCAGCACGACGAGUAGCAAAGGUUCUCUCAGUUCAGGACUUAGCUUCACGGAUAUUUACGGUGGCCCGCAGUGUCUGGGAUCGACCAGUUUACAGCAAGAGCGACCAGUCGAUAUGGUUGACCUCCACAGACGUGUUGAAAGACUGUUGCGCGGUUCCGAACAGAGCAAUCUCGUCGGUACAUCCUCACCCGGCAGAUCUCAGCCAAGUCUCUCUCCCAGAUCGAGCUUGUCUAGUGUAAGCCCACCAGUAUCGCCGUUGUAUGAAAACGCGCCGAUGGGUCCACCGCCUGCUUAUGAGCAGGUAGAACAGCAGAGGAAGCAAUAUCAAAGAGUGGUGCCUGCUGCGACAGCAACGACAACAACAAUGGCAGCAAUUAGCGGUACUGCUACGUCUCACCUGGACGGGAAUCAAUUAGAGGAUCGUUUGUCAGAGUUCAGAUUUAGUCAGCAACAAGGAGUAGCAUCGCAGCAAGAACAGCCGUGUUCCGUCAAUACACAGGAUCGUUUGAAACUUGUGGUUGGUCCCCAUCCGCCUGUCGAGUUGCAAUCGAGUAACAUGUCCCAAGGCAGCGGCUUGGGCAGGCCUGGCGCGAGUGGCACGCAGUUGCAACUGCAACAGGUACCGUCAUUAUCCCUACCGCAGGAGCCACUCCCCUUGUCGCCGAUCAGCGAAACGCCACCACCUACUGGGAUCAGAUCGAGAGCCAGCAGUUCCGGCACCAACACUAGAUCCGUCUCCGCCGCCGUUUCUGAUGAGAGCGUCGCAGGUGACUCGGGUGUUUUUGAGGCGUGCAAUCGAAAAAGAUUAUCCGGGCCUAUCUCCGAUGUAGAUUCAUUAGCUUCUGGCGAAAUGAGUCUAGAAACGGCACAAGUGCAGAUUAAACUGAGGUAUUCAGUGAGUGAUGGGUUACUUCAUGUUGGCAUUGAACGAGCCAGAAAUUUGGCUGCACUUUUCAUACCCGACAAUGCGCAAGUGUACAUCAAAGCUGCAUUGUUGCCGAUGCAACUACCUAUCAAUCAUACAUGUUGCACGAAAUCGGUCAUCGACUUGCGAAAACCGACUUUCGGCGAAACGUUCCCAAUCGCCGUGCCGCUUAACAAAUUGUACACAAAAACAUUGCAAGUGACACUUUGGUGCACGGAGGCCGAGAAAUGUCUGGGUUCUGCACAAGUCUCGCUGGCAGACUUUAGUCCAGAAUCUCCUAGCGUAAAAUGGUACAACAUACUCUCCUUCCGCUUCAUGCAUCCAUCUGACAGUCCCGGUAUCAAUGGUGCCUCUGUAAAUGUCAGAUUGACGAAACACGACAAGCAGGAAUCGGAUAUUUCGGUAUAUAGGAACGUACAGAAUACGAAAGAAGAGAGUAGUGACGAAAGUACGAUAAUCAGUUCUCAAACAUCCACCUUGACGAGGAAUCAAGGCUGCGAUGAGCUGCAAACAGCUGUAACGUUGAGGUUGGAAGAACUGAAUUGUCUACGUAGUCCGGAAGAAAAGGAUGAGGAUGAUGGUAGUGAAAGUGGGAGCGAGGACAGCGACGAAGAAGGUAUCAUCGUGGAGUUUACAGUGGAGGAUAAUAUUCUAGAAGAUGUUUUGGAGCACGAGGAGGAUGAAGAAUUGAACGAGGAAACGAGGCAAACACAGGACAAGGAAACAAACACUGAGUGUGUGUUUAUUCCGGAACAGGGCAAGCAAAGAAAACUUUCCGCGGCUGGCGUUGCACCCAGCGCUGUUCAUGACGACAAAAACUCUAUUGUGAUCAAAAGAAGUCAAACAUUCUCACCAAGCGCGGCCGUCAGUAGAAAUCAUUACAUCUGUCGACUUAAUCGCAGCGAUAGCGAUAGCAGUAUGCCGCUUUAUCGCAGAGGCGGACCUUUCCAACGGAAUUCGGUAGAAAGACGUUCCCUGCGAUGGCGUCGACCGUCCUCCGCUCUCAGUUACAAAACCACGAAAAAGUCGUCUUAUUUGCCGUCGACAGCCAGAACGUCUUUGGAUCUCGAAUUAGAUCUCCAGGCGCAGCAUGCUAAACUAAAUAAUCUCCAAGAUGAGCUUAGUAGGUUACGAGAAUUGAAGCAACGGCUAGAACAAGCGCGUGAAAGAGGCGAUACCGACCUAGCGACAUGGCUGCUAGAAGACCAGAAGUUUCAAAAUCUCAUAGCACAAGCCGAAAGUGGCAGGAACGGCAAGAGCCUUGAGGAUAAGAAAGUAGAGAAGAUGUUAAAGAAAACUUCGAAAGAGAUUUACAAGUUGAGGAAAACGAAGGCUGGGAAGGGAAAACCCGACAUGAUUUCUUUCAAAGAAAAGAUGGCUUUCUUUACACGAGUGAAUUUGAACGUUCCUGUUCUACCACCUGAGGAGCUCGGAAAUGAAGGCAUAUGUUCUUCGACAUCACACACGCAUAAAAAGUACGCAUCGGAGCCUGUUAGCAGCGUUUUUAUAAAUUCCAUGACAAUGCGAUCGAACAAUAUUUCCGGUGGAAGUGCAUUGCCUGUCACGAAGAGCGGCAGUGUUACAGAUCGAAAUGCCACGAAUGUCGUUACCGUGAUGGUCAACGCGGAUGAAGUCGCGUUGUCCAACACCGACAGUAAAUCUGUGAAUGCUAAGAGUCGACCGGCGGCGGAGACCGAAGCGCGAAGUUCAGAGAACGGCGAGAGAGAGGUUUUACCGAAGUCUGAAUCUGAGAAGAAUGGCAAUGGAGAGCCGAAAAGGUAUGAAUAUGUCGUUGAUCGGGUCCUCGGUGUGGAAGUAUGAAGAUUGGAAAAUCGCGCAUGUUCCAGUUUUAUCACCAAGUUAUCGCGCGAUGGAGCUGCAAUUCCGCGUUCAUAGAUCUGUUUUCCUUCGAAUUUGAAAUAACAAGCAGGACACAGGAAAAGACGAAAGAGAAAGAGAAAUAGUGAUCGCGCGAAGCCACUGUCUCCUAAUUCUGAAUCCCAGAUGCCAUACGGAGAUUGUAAAACUCGCGUAUCUCAAAAAAAACUCGAAAGAAUAAAAUGCAUAAAAUAUUGUCGUCAAAAUUGUCGUAGUCGAUGAUGUAACUAAUGACCAGUGAUAACGGUGCAUGUGCCAAUACUGGGUGUCAGAAGCAACCCUUCAAUGAACGCAGCAACGAGAAUUACACGCGAACGCGAGCAUGAUUGUGUGUAUAUAUACAGAAAUGUAAAUUAUUUAAACGAUACUCUUUACGAUAGGUUAUUUAAUUGUUUAAUCCGAUUCGUCUGAGUCUACGUUGCGGAAUCGCGAUCGCGACACUCGCGUGUCGCGUCAUUCGUUCCCUCUGUGCGUCGGAGCACAUGACCCACCGAGCAGCUGGUCUGCGACUUGGAAGUCUAACGAGAAAAGGAUGCGCCCAGGUUGGCUAGCGAAUUUUGCUCCGACUUCGGUGUUGCUGUUUUACAACGUGUUUGGUUUCCUAUUUCUGAAUUUCUGGAUUACGCAUCCAGCGAAAACGUAUGUCCAAGUGUUCCUCGUGCAUAUCAAUUUUAACGAUUCGUAACUUUUAAAUAUAAUAAAAUCUCUAAUAAAAUUCUUCGCUAUAUGCCCAGAUUUUGCAUCUCUUUUUUUUAAAUUACAAUUUCAUUAAACAAAAUACU